ACAAUGCUCACCGCCCCAUAACUCCGCUGCAGCCUAGGCAGAGCAGCAGAGAGUCGGGCCUCGAAUACAGAGAAAAACCCGCAGCGGACACUUUAGAAAAGUCUCCAAAGUGGAUCAAACGGACGCGGCGGCAGCGGGACGCAGGAGGAGCCGCGGCGGCAGAGAGCGAGCAGGACGGCGGGCAGCGGAGGCUGGAACUCACCGGGACUUCCAGGCCAACUGACUAAUGCGCUGCUGGAAACUUUUCGGACAGUAAAGAUGCAGAGCAGUGUUUCCCACUCACCACCAGCCACAGCUGUUGGGACGGGGUGAGGAGCGCGGAGCACGACGGAGCGACGGGCGGCUGUAAGGUGGGAGGUUCACACCUGAGGAUUCUGACCAGCAGCGUUUCGUCACCUUUGACCUGCCAGUCGCCUUUCCCAGACACCUUCCAACGCUGAGACUGCGAGGCAGGGGGAGCCGCGCGUGACUUUCAUGGCAGCGGCACUCUAGGGCUGCCAUGGCAGCUGCUGCCGCCGAUGCCUCACACUGUAUCACUGCACUGACGCCGGAGGAAGAGGGACGCCGCGCCGCCGCCAAGCUGUUUGGGAGCGCCGCCCCGCUGCCACGGACGGAGAGAGAGCGAGAGAGGGACGAGGAAGGAGGGAGAGUAGGGAGAGCGAGCGGCAACGAGUGUCUGGUGUGCGGGGCCCUGUUCGUCUCGCAGGAGAAGCUCCGCCUCCACGCUUUGAGUCACGCCGGAGAGAAACCCUUCCACUGCUCACAGCCGCACUGCCCCAAGGCCUUCAGCUCCAAAUACAAACUCUUCAGGCAUAUGGCCACGCACUCUCCACAGAAGACCCACCAGUGUUCGUUUUGUGAGAAAAUGUUCCACCGCAAAGACCACCUGAAGAACCACCUGCAGACCCAUGACCCCAACAAAGAGGCCUUCAAGUGUGAGGAGUGUGGGAAGCACUACAACACCAAGCUGGGAUACAAGCGCCAUGUGGCCAUGCACUCUGCCACGGCGGGGGAUCUCACCUGCAAAGUGUGCAUGCAGAAUUACGAAAGCACGCCCGUUCUCCUGGAGCACCUGAAGAGCCACUCGGGGAAGUCGUCAGGCGGGGCCAAGGAGAAGAAACACCCCUGCGACCACUGCGACCGCCGCUUCUACACGCGGAAGGACGUGAGACGGCACAUGGUGGUCCACACGGGGCGGAAAGACUUCCUGUGCCAAUACUGCGCCCAGCGCUUCGGCAGGAAAGACCACCUGACGCGGCACGUGAAGAAGAGUCACUCGCAGGAGCUGCUGAAGAUAAAGACGGAGCAUCCGGACAUGUUGGGCAUCCUGACGGCCGGAUCGCCGCAGUGUUCCAUCAAGGAGGAACUCAGCCCCAUGAUAUGCGGCAUGGGGCCCAACAAGGAGCCCAUGAUGGGGAAGUCCUUCCCCGGUGGGGCCGCCUUUCCCAUGAGCAUGUAUAACCCCCACCAUCUGCAGACCAUGCCUAAUCCUGGGGUGGGUCCCCCGCACCCCCCACUGAUGCCCAAUUCCCUGUCUGCCGCCAUGGGCAUGGGCUGCCAUAUGGAACCCCCCGUAUCCAUUCAUCCGCACUCCCAUCACCACCACCAUCACCACCACCAUCACCACCACCACCAUUCCCCCCCACACCAGCCCGUGGCUCCCCAGCAGCACCAGCCCCCCCAGCCGGCGCCCAAAUACCAGCUGGGAUCUACCUCAUACCUGCUGGACAAGCCCUUGAAGGUGGAGAUGGAGAGUUUCCUCAUGGACCUGCAGAGCGGCCUGCCCGCCCCGCUUCCCUCUGCAGAGCCCCAUGCUGCUGCCUCCCCCCCCAAGGAUGGACUGGAGCCCUCUUCUGGCCUAGCCGAUGAACUCUGCGGGGAUCCCCUCCUGUCCAAGAGCCCCGCCGUGAUAGCCGAGUCUCUGUGUGCUGCUAACAUGGACUUCUCCCACCUGCUGGGCUUCCUGCCCUUAAACCUCCCUCCUUACAGCGCCCCCAUGAGCACAGGAGGACUGGUUAUGGGCUACACCUCAUCUGUGACCUCCUCCACUUCUUCCUCUUCCAACUCGUCUCUGCACGCCGCCGAGCCCCACGCCGCCGCGGCAGCAGCCGCCGCCGUCGCCGCGGCGCCUCUUACCUCUUUGCAACCUCAACCUCAGGAGCAGCAGAGCUCCAGUGGGGGUCUGGGAUCCCUGCACCCACUUCCACCAGUGUUCAGCUCCAGCCGUAGCACCACCACGCUGCCUCGCUUCCACCAGGCCUUUCAGUGACCCGAACAGCCCGGCC